UCCCGCUCCCCACCCACCCCUAGCCAGGACUGUCUCCGCAGAGCCCCGCCGGGACCAGGUGUCCCGGGCUCGCCAAGAUGCAGCCGGGGCUCUGGCUCCUCCUGGCCACGCAGCUGGCAGCUCUCCGUGGCAGCUCCGUACUCCAGCAGGCUCCUGGGUCCGUAAUGGUUCAGACCAAUGGAAUGGUGAUAAUGUCCUGCGAAGCCAAAACCUCGCCCACUAGCACGCGCAUCUACUGGCUGAGACAUCGCCAGGCUCCAAGCCCGGACAGUCGCUACGAGUGCCUGGCCUACUGGGAUCCCAUAAAAGGGAUCGUGUAUGGACAGGAAGUGGAGCCAGAGAAGCUAACUGUGUUUCCGGACGCAACCCGGUCCAUUCUCAAUCUCACAAGUGUGAAGCCUGCAGACAGUGGCAUCUACUUCUGCAUGACCGUUGGGUCGCCCGAGCUGACCUUCGGGAAGGGAACUCGGCUGAGUGUGGUUGAUGUCCUUCCCACCACUGCCCAGCCCACCAAGAAGCCCACCCCCAGGAAGAAAAUGUGCCGGCCCCCAAGCCCAGUGACCCCGAAGGGCCCAUCCUGUGGCCUCCUCACCCUCGGCCUGUUGGUGGCUGGAGUCCUUGUUCUGCUGGUGUCCUUGGGUGUGGCCAUCCACCUAUACCGCCUGAAGAGGAGAGCCCGGCUUCGCCUCCUGAAACAGUUUUAUAAAUGAACGGAGAAUAUGCUUUUGGUGUCCUGCUACAAAAAUACGUUGGUCAAUAAUGAGCAAGAUCUGGAAAAAUGAGAGAGAAGGGACACGCUCAACUCCCUCAAUUGUGGCAAUUUCACUGACCUGCUGAAGUUGCCUGCUUUUAACUACUGCAAGUUCUUUCUGUGGGCCUCAUGCAUGGGAGAAACUUGUUAGUUGGUCAUCGCGAAUCACGGAGAGAAGGCUUCAGAGCCCCGGAGCACUUCCUGCAACUUCCUGCAAAUGAGUAAGAAAUGCCACCAUGACACCACUCCCCAGCUCCUGUACUCACCCUGGGCUGGGACCCUUGUGUUGGCCGUCCGGCCACCUUCUCGCAAGUUGCUUUGCCCUGAUAGGGCAGUGGCAUGGAGUCCUGAGUCUCUCAUGGGAUGGUGCUGGGAUGGCUCCUCCUUGGUCUUCCCAGGCGGGGGUCACCGUCCUCACUGAGAGCCACAGAGACCACACCCAGCUUGGAACCGUGCUUUCUGUGAAGGGCUGACUCAGUCGGUUCAGUCUCCAGGGACCUCCUGUGGAGCGGGAACUUGUGGUGUGGGAGUUCACUUAAUCUCCCAUUAGGAAGUUCCUCAAUCUCCCAUUAGGAAGUUCCUCGACUUUCACUUCUGCCCUCCCAUGGCUUGUAUAUUUCUUCUCUCACUGUUCUUUUUAUGAAAAUGUCUUGGUUGUAAAAAUAAAACCCUGAAUAAAAGAUGCAAACGGCUCCCGUGAUGUAAAAGCACAAAGCCCAUCUGUACGGCAAAGAUGUUAAUGCUCAGCUAAAACAGAAGUAACAAAGAUAAAAUGUGCCUGUCCUCAUCUGCCCCCACAACAUGCUGUCGUCUGCAUUGUAGGCAUUGAGAGAGUCUCAGAGGCAUCGAGAGAGUCUGAGAGGUUGGGAAGCACCCAGAGCCAGGCGGCAGGGGCCCCAGGGGCCGACUCUUCUGGCCACUCCAAGCCAUCUUCACUAGUUGUACAGAGUGGAACCCCCAGACUCCUAGCCACAGGCUGGUGACCUUAUAGUAAAAAGAAGGUGAGGGGAGCCCGUGUGGCUCAGUCGGUUGAGCAUUAGACUCUUGAUUUCGGCUCAGGUCAUGAUCCCAGGGUCGUGGGAUCAAGCCCUGCAUUAGGCUCUGAGCUGAGUGUGGAACCUGCUUGGGAUUCUCUCUCUCCUUCUCCUUCUGCCCCUCCCCUGCUUGUGUUUUCUCUCUCUCUCUAAAAAAAAAAAAAAAAAAAAAACUAGAAGAGUCUCUGUCCUCAUUUCCUUCCUUCCUUCCUUUUUUUUUUUUUUUUUUUUUUUAAACUGUU